AUGGCUUCUUUCAGAUUUUGUGCGGAAUGCAACAAUAUGUUGUACCCAAAGGAGGACAAGGACAACAUGAGAUUGUUGUACUCGUGCCGUAACUGCGACUACACCGAAUUGGCGGAGAAUCCAAAGGUCUACCGCCACGAGUUGAUCACAAACAUUGGUGAGACCGCUGGGGUUGUGCAAGACAUCGGGAGUGAUCCAACCUUGCCUCGAUCCGACAAAGAGUGUCCGAAGUGCUACGCCCACGACUGUGUGUUCUUCCAGUCGCAGCAGAAGCGAAAGGACACCAGUAUGAUCUUGUUCUACGUGUGUCUUGACUGCAAGCACGUAUUUAGAUCGUAA